AAUCUACCUUUGACACUUUUUAAAAAGCAAGUGAAACAUGAUAAUGACAAAGUGUAGACAUGUUCCGGGUAAAACGAUUUGAACCUUUUGGCCUUCCAUAGGGGAGAGCGAGAUUGCAAGCGGUUCGGAGGGGGUGCGUUGCUCAGGCAGGACCGAGGAGGAAUCACAGCAGCCCCGGCUGGGACUGCCAUACCCGACCCGCUGGAUCCCCGGAGGAACAGAGAGAACACGUCGCCCAAGGGAGAGGAGCUCUGUUCAGUCCGUACAGGCUGUAGGAUGUUCUCGUCAGUGAAGGCCUUCGAGGGGCAGCAAUACUCCACCCUGAAGAGGCAAUGCCUUGCCAGUGGCCUUCUAUUUGAAGACCCACACUUCCCCGCCUUGGACGACACCCUCUUCUACCAGGGCAACAGGAUUGGACGCGUGCACUGGAAAAGACCCCAGGAGCUCUCUGAGGACCCUCACCUGUUUGUGGAUGGGAUCAGUGCGCACGACCUGCACCAGGGCCAGCUGGGAAACUGCUGGUUUGUGGCAGCGUGCUCCAGCCUGGCCUCCAGAGAGUCCUUGUGGUCUAAAGUCAUCCCAGACUGGAAAGAGCAGGAGUGGGACACGGAGACACCCGAGUCGUACGCCGGGAUCUUCCACUUCCGCUUCUGGCGCUUCGGAGAGUGGGUGGAUGUGGUGAUCGACGACCGGCUUCCCACGGUGGACAACCAGCUGGUCUACUGCCACUCGGAUGACAGCAACGAGUUCUGGAGCGCACUGGUGGAGAAGGCCUAUGCCAAAGUGUACGGCUGCUACGAGGCCCUGGAUGGCGGGAACACGGCGGAUGCCCUGGUGGACUUCACAGGGGGCGUGUCGGAGCCCAUGGACCUGCUGGAGGGCCAGAUGGCCACUGACGAGGUGGCCCGCAACCAGCUGUUUGAGAGGGUGCUGAAGGUCCACAACCGGGAUGGCCUCAUCAGCUGCUCCAUCCGGGCGACCACAGUGGAGGACAUGGAGGCACGGCUAGACUGUGGCCUGGUCAAGGGCCACGCAUACGCAGUGACGGACGUGAAGAAGGUGCGUCUGGGCCAGGGCCUGCUGGCAUUCUUCAAGUCAGAGAAGCUCAAUAUGAUCCGCAUGAGGAACCCCUGGGGAGAGAAGGAGUGGAGCGGGCCCUGGAGCGACAGCUCAGAGGAGUGGAAGAAGGUGAGCAAGAGUGAGAGAGAGAAGCUGGGCGUCACUGUGCAGGAUGACGGAGAAUUCUGGAUGACGUUUGAUGACUUCUGCCAGUACUUCACGGACCUGAUCCUGUGCCGCCUCAUCAACACCUCUUAUCUGAGCAUCCACAAAACAUGGGAGGAGGAAGUGAUGAGGGGCUCCUGGGUCCCCCGCCAAGACCCUCUGAGGAACCGCUCUGGGGGAUGCAUCAACCACAAGGCCACCUUCCUCCAGAACCCACAGUAUGUGUUUGAUGUGAAUAAGGUAGAGGAUGAGGUGUUGAUCGCCCUGCAGCAGAAGGAGAGAAGAGCCACCACCAAGGACGGCAAAGGAGAUAACCUGGCCAUAGGCUUCGACAUUCACCGGGUGGAGCUGAACAGAAAGUACCGCAUGCACACGGCCCAGCAGAAGGUGGCGGGCUCCAUCUACAUCAACUCGCGCUGCGUCUUUCUCAGGAAGGAGCUCAAGGAGGGUCGCUACAUCAUCAUCCCCACGACUUUUGACCCCGGGCAGCAGGGCGACUUCCUGUUGCGGGUCUUCACCGACGUGCCUUCAGACUGCAAAGAGUUGAACCUAGAUGAGCCCCCACAGACGUGUUGGACGGGCAUGUGUGGUUACCCCCAGCUGGUCACCCAGGUCCACGUUCUGAGUGCUGAGGGACUCCAGGGCCAGGACUCUAAUGGAGCCUCGGACCCGUACGUCAUCAUCACCUGUGAGGGAGAGAGAGUGCGCUCGCCGGUGCACAAGGACACGCGGAGCCCCAACUUCGAUGUCAAAGGCCUGUUCUACCGCAAGAAGCCCAAGGAAGGCAUCCACAUUGAGAUCUACAAUAAGAACGUAAUUGUGGAUACCUUCCUGGGUCAGGUGACCCUGUCCAGUGACCCAAACGACCGGCAGGAGCAGCACACACUCCACCUGCGCGACAAGGGCAACCGCCAAGACAACGACCUCCCGGGCACGGUCACCGUGCGCCUCAUCACCUGCAUCACACUCAUCAACAUAUGACGUCACAACCACCGCCGUCGCCUCUCUCGCCAUGAGAUGUCGAAGGAGCUUGACCUUUGUCAUCUUGUGACGACCUUUCGCCCCCCUAAACCGAGCAUGUCAGUUAAACGGUUAAUUCCCCCCCCACCACUGCUCCACCCCAACCCAACACCCCCUUCAACAUAUACACACAGCUUUCUUUCUGACUCUCACUCUCACUGUUACACACACACACACAAACACACAGGCCAUGUCUGAGUUCCAAAUAGUAGGCUGAUUGGGUAUGCCAAAAUAUAAAGUUUUAUAGUAUGUGAAAUAUUGAACAUUUUGUUUGCUUUAAAUGCCAGGAUGUCAAACUCAUUUAAUCUUUCCAUCUAGUAGAAUUCACUGCACACUAUUGAGGAAGAGAAGUGUCUUUUCAGACCCACGUAGGUGUGACAACAGCCGAUAAACUGCUGAUAAUCAGCUACCAAAAUGAAAGAAUGGUGGGAAACAAAGCAAUUGUGCGUUAGAUGUCCCAUUCUCAGUAUGGGUGAGCCUGGUAUGUUUUUUUUUAAGCUUACUGCCUACAUAUACUAAACAGUACAUUCUAAAUAGUAUGAAGUAUGACGAGUACACAGUAUGUAUAUCGUUUUAGUAAGUAGUAGGCAAGACUACUCUCUCUACAUGCCUUCAACUCACACACACACACACACACACACACACACACACACACACACACACACACACUUUUAACAUGCUCCUGCACCCCUUAUGCAUCUGCCAGCGUCUCUAAGGGCUAUACAUCGCCUUAAGGCUGAGUGGGUCCCUUUAGGAGCCUGUGACCAGCCAUAUGUCGGGUGGGAGGGGGGUCAUUGUAUUGGGUGGUACACUGGGUGUAGCCUUGCCUCCUCCCCCCUCCAUCACAUCUUUCCCCUCUUCCCACUCCCAUCCCCUCAGAAUACGCUACCCUUCGCUUCUACAGGUUGCCAUGGACAAAAUAGAGUUUAGCACGGCAAAAAGAUUCUGCCUGCAUUGCACACGCCCCGUUUACACACAAAUGUUUGAUUUAAUUGACCUUUAUUUAACAUCACACUCUUAGCUUAGCAACCGGCGCUUUUGAUAUGCUCCAGUGGAGUGCCAUGUUCAAGUGCUUUAUGGGACCAAAGACGGACCAGGCCCUCCCUCCCUCUCUCUUUUGUCGGCGGCAGUUGCCACCGUGCCACGUCAGUCGGUCAUCUCUAUGGCAACGCCACUGCCUGACGCUUCCUAAGUCAUGGGACUCCUGUCAAUUGACCUGAAUCGCGUGAACUGAGAGACACAGCAGCUGUUGUGUGUGUGUGUGUGUGCAUGCAUUCGUACGUGUUAUGCCUGCGCCUUUGAACAUCAUGCACCUCGCCUGGCUCUGACAGGCUCACGGACACGGCUGGAUGGAGGGAUGAGCGGAAGAAGAGAGAGAAGAGGCAGGAAAUCCAUCAGUCGACUCCUGCCAAAAACAGCGUGCCAUAGCCUUGUUCCUGGCUCUGACUCUGUUGUGACUCGAUACCGCUAUUCCCGACCGGAACACAGUUUGGAUUAGCAUCAUUUUAAACUAUUUGAAAUGGUAGUGUGAAAAGAGUGGGUUUUUGUCUGGCCAAGACAGAGACUAUCACAUCAUUCAGAAGCAUCACUGGUACAAUCCCCAAAACCGUUAGCAUCUCUUCUCACGUAGAUGAUGUCGCGCUUUCUCUUUUGACCUGCUUUCCACAGGCUAUUUAUCUAUAUUCCUAUUAUACCUCUGACACUGGCAAGCGGCGGAGAAAGAAGAUACACAAGGAGAUUCAAGCCCCAAACGCUCUAUUGUCAAGUAUCUUUUCAAAAGUGCAAUAUGAUUGCAGAGACUUUUCUAGAGCAGGAUCUGACGUGGGAUCCCACGUCCGUUUAGAAUCAUUCCAGAGACGUUUGAUUUUUUUUUGAAUGUAAUGCCGAGAGCUUUCGACCGACCGAUCUCUCGCUUUCUCUUUAUCGAACCAUCAAUCCCUUCGACCUGUUUAUGUGCUUGUUUCAACGCCUUUUUCUUUCUUUUUGUUUGCAUUACUCGAACAACAACGGCAUUUAUUGCAUUUGAUUUAUUUAUUGCGUCGUCACAGUUUUAUAUAUUUCUAUAUUUAUUAAUGCAUUCAUUGAAUUAAUGUGUCUCGCAUAGAUCAUUUUUAAUAAUAUGUACAUGGCCUUGUAUUGUUCUUCCAUUGUUACUAUUUUAUAUUUUCUUUCCAUCUUCAGUGUGGAAAACAAAGGGUCGUGUUGAACAAUCAGCGUGUUUUACACCUAUUGCACCUCAUAUCAAUGUCAUAUCAAGAUGUUUAAAAGGGUCACUUUUUAAGGCACUGAUCGGUGACAUCCACCAUUCAUAACAAUAUGUUUUUACUGUUUACUGUCAUUCGUUGCUUCAAAUGACGAAAAUGCCAUUCAAGUGCUGUGUGACAUAUGUAUUUCCUUCUAUGUUGUUCAGUUGCAGACUAAGACAGAGAGACUAAACUCGUUGCUAAAGAAAACUCUGAAAGGGAUCGUUCAUGCUAAAUCUAUUUUUGUGUCGAAUUACUCUUACCUUGAGUUGUGUCUGAAGGCCCAUAGUGACAGAAUCUGCCAGUAGUUAGCAUAAUUAGAAUCGUCCAAAUUCAUUCAUGUAAACAGCGGUGCCGAUAUUGGCAGAGCUGCUUUGCAAGCCGAAACUUCAAACUGUCUUGUUAUAUAUAAGGCAAUAUGUUAUACAAGUAACAUAUCGUAAGAAAAACUGAAACAAAAAAAUAGAAACAAAAAUUGGACAAACAAUUGAGUAAACUGAAAUAAAAUAAUUCAGAAAAACAUUUUUAAAACUGGUUGACCAAAAGUAUGUGGAUACCCGCUCGUUGAACCUCUCAUUCCAAAUCAUGGGCAUUAAUAUGGAGUUGGUGCCCCUUUGCUGCUAUAACAGCCUCCACUCUUCUGGGAAGACUUUCCACUAGAUGUUGGAACUUUGCCUGGGGGGACUUGCUUCCAUUCAGCCACAAGAGCAUUAGUGAGGUUGGGCACUAAUGUGGGGCGAUCAGGCCUGGCCCGCAGUCAGCGUUCCAAUUCAAUGUGGUUGAGGUCAGGGCUCUGUGCAGGCCACUCAAGUUUUUCCACACCGAUCUCGACAAACCCUUUCUGCAUGGACCUCGCUUUGUGCACGCGGGCAUUGUCAUGCUGGAACAGGAAAGGGGCUUCCCCAAACUGUUGCCACAAAAUUGUAAGCACAGAAUCGUCUAGAAUGUCAUUGCAUGCUGUAGCGUUAAGAUUUCACUGGAACUAAGGGGCCUAGCCAGACCAUUAUUCCUCCUCCACCAAAGUUUACAGUUGUCACUAUGCAUUCUACUGGCAUCCGUCAAACCUGUAGCUAACGGAAGAAAUCCGAGCGCGAAUGUGAACCAUAGACGUGAACAAUGGCUGCAUCGGUUGUUUUGAGUACAUUGCUAGAAAGGACAAAAGAAAAUGUAUUGGAGUGUCAGAAGAUGGCAGCACGUGUGGGACAGAGAUUAAAGAGAACACCCAAAGAACCUCAACGUUCAUCUGAACUGUGCCCACAAAGAAUCAUACACUUUCAUUAUAAAGCCAGCUACCGGCUUAUUAGUAUAUGCUCGUUAACAGCAACCAACUUUAGCAGUUAUCAUGAAAAGAAUAGAAACAUCAGAACCUAAUUCACGUUUAAAAAAAGAGAAGAAGCGCUUGUUCAUUUAUUAAUCCAGUCUGGCAAGUCCACGAGCCUUCAGAUAAUUCAACCAACCACCUGAUCCCAAAUGUAAAACCUGGCGCUGCUAGAGUAAACAGGUGGAUUGCUUUGCAAAUUGAUACAGCAACCCAGAAAGUUAAGGAAAUUCUGAAAGAGGCAUGACAAAAUGACCGUGUGUAAACGGAUGGAGCAAGAAAGGAAUGACUACUUAAUUUAUGAGUAUAUCAGCCUGCUUCUAUCACCCCUCCUCCAACAAGGCACAGCAUGCGUUGCUCCGACCUCCAUCGGAUUUAGCAUCCAUACACCGGAGAGGUAAUUGACUGGAAGUGACAUACCAGAGGAGAAGAUCCUCCUUGUCGUAACUGACAACGGGGUGAACAUAGUCAAGGCUAUCGAGCUAUUACAGAACUGGCAAGAGAAUGAUCAACAACAAUCAGAGCUGGCCAUAGCUUUGAACGGUGUGGUGGGAAUGUCUGAAUCUGAGUUAGACACAGACGACUAUCCUUUCAAAUCCAAGUCACAUUAAGAUUCAUUUAGAAUUUAAACCGAAACAAACCUAUGACCAGACCCAUCACUAUAUGUAUUAUUGUCCCCCAGUCACAAGAAGUGACCCCCCCC